UCUCGCCAUAACAUCUAGCAGUGAGCUAGCUAACAUUAGCCAGUCAGUUUCCAGCAGCAGCUGUAGCGCAGAGAAACUCGUGCUCCGUCCAAAUACCAAUGACCGGGGCACUUUACUCACAGAUAUGCUUCUGGAUGUUCAGUGAUACUGGGCUAGCCAAAUAUUCCUACCUUUAUCGCCACACUCUGUCUCUGAUCUGAAAAGCAGCUGAACUCUCGGUGAGUUGUCGAGCGGAGUCUUUGGAUAUUAGCUCAAACUACCCUCAUACAUGAAGUCACCCUAGGAUAGCUAACCAGGGGUUUUUAUGCUAGCCAAACAGAUAUUCUUCGAAAACUACAACGUUAAAGAUAAAGUGUUAUAACAGUGAAACGAGAAAAAAUGCUGCCAAAGCUAACUUUGCUUCCUCUAUUCCUGAGCGCUAGCCGAGCUAACUUCAAGUGAUUUAGCAUUAGCUGGCUAAUCCCAGCUACCGGCAGGUAAACUCGGUCUAAUGCACCAUUAUCUCUACAAUAACUGUAUUAUAAGCAACAGACUACAUUAUGUGGUAUUUAUAUGAACAUUUCAUAUGGUUGUCAAGCGGGUUAUGUAUCCCCCUCUCCGUCAGCUGUAUGUCUCCGUGGGUCCGAUGAUUUCUCAGCAUGUUUUAGUGACAGGCCCAGGCUCAACCAGGACGACUGUAAACAACAUGAAUUUAAUAACCUUACAGCACCAGCUUAUUCCUAGGGAUUCUCCUGUUAUGAAUAGAUCCUGAGACUAUCGCUGCCAAGUAUUUGCUUCUGUUGUUUAAGAGGUGGACUUUUAAAUUGCUGCAAAUCAACCCUGUUUUAUCCUCAGGCAAUGGAUCCUGAACGACUGAAGAGAAGAGAAGAAAUACAGAAAGCAAUGAGCUUCAUCCAGUGAGUAUUCAGACUAUAUUGCCUGUGGAUACUUCUGUUAAAACUUUAAAGCUGUUGCCAAUCACGACCUUGUUUGUAUAAUUAGAGACUGAUGAAUCCUCUGCAUCUUCUGUUUUCAGGUCAUCAUUGCCUUUCCCAGAGCCUGAGAGUUAUGAGGUUUGCUGUUAUCCCUCUAUUUCAACCAUAAGCUUCUUCAGUGUUUAUUUAGAGUUCCAAAAAGGUGAAAAAACUUGGGCAUUCAUCUGCAAAAAAAGUUUAAAUACAAUCGAAAAUGCUAUUUCACUGUAGAAAUGUAAAAAACACAAAUAGAUACUUAGAUACUUACGUAUUGAAUUUCCCUCCGGGGAUUAAUAAAGUUCUUCUUCUUAGAUCUUCUAGAUCUUCUUCAUCUUAAAAAUGUUAAGAUCAAACCCAUGCUUUACAGCACAACAUACAGUACAGGCCAAAAGUUUGGACACACCUUCUCAUUCAAUGCAUUUUCUUUAUUCUCAUUACUAUUUAAAAUUUAAAUUUUAAAUUGUAGAUUCUCAGUGAAGGCAUCAAAACUAUGAAUGAACACAUGUGGAAUCAUGUGCUUAAGAAAAAAGUGUGAAAUAGCUGAAAACAUGUUUUACAUUUUAGAUUCCUCAAAGUAGCCACCCUUUGCUUUUUUGAUAGCGCUGCAAACUUUUGCUGUUCUCUUAAUGAGCUUCAUGAGGUAGUCACCUGAAAUGUUUUUUACUUCACAUGUGUGCCUUGUCAGGGUUACUUCGUGACUGACUAAGUACUUCUGUCAUCAAGAGCAAAGGGUGGCUCCUUUAAAGAAACUAGAAUAUAAAACAUGUUUUCAGUUAUGUCACACUUUUUUAUAUGUACAAAAUUCCACAUAUGUUCAUUCUUAGUUUUGAUGUCUUCAGUGAUAAUCUACAAUGUAAAUAGUCAUAUAAAAAAUUAAGAAAAGACAUUGAAUGAGAAGGUGUGUCCAAACCUUUGGCCUGUACUGUAUUUCUGUAACCCCAUUGAAUGGCACCAAACAUUUCUUAGCUUCCUAGCACUCUCCACACUCUUCUUAUUAUUCACAUUUCACCAUGAUCAUGCUCAAUAUGUCCUGCACCUUAACGUCAUAUCAGGGUAUUUUGAUUCCUUUUCUUUUCUUUUUCUUUUUUUCUUGUUCCCCCUUUUCUAUCUUUCUUAGACUUUUGAUCCAUUUCUUGUUAUCUUUCCAUCAUUCAUGGAUGAUAUGAUAACCACUCUAGCCCUCUAACUCCCCAUUAUUAUAAUAUUUCUUUGACCUCUUUCCACAUGUUCCCUUCAGGCAUUUCUGACCCAGUUGGUAUGUAACUUGCUGGACGAGGGAAAUGCUUGUUUUCGAGACGGGGACUGUCGUCAGGCGACCCAGCAGUAUGGGGAGGGGAUAAGUGUUGCCCGCUACGCUCAGGCUGAGGCCCUCGUCAUCCCCCAUGAGCUUCUGGAGAGCCUUUAUGUCAACAGGGCCGCUGCCUUCUAUCAGACGGUGAGGGAGAGGGAUAAAGAGGGGACUUGUCACCUGCAGAUGUUUAAAUGUGUGUCAGUGUGACUUAAAAUAGAUCACUCAAUAUUUGCCAAAAACAGGGAACAGCUCCUAAUGGUUGAACUGGUUAAGUCAUGACCUUGCACAUUUACAAUUUUUCAAAACAGAAGAGAAACAUGAUUAUUUGAAAUUCAGUCACAGUCAUGUUUUAGCCCCCCUAUGAUCAGAAAAACAUGUUUGACUGUGACUAUAUAUGUUUCAAAUAUCAUAAUCAUAAUUAAUAACCUUGACUUUUGGCAAAUGACAAUAUCUUUCUUUCAUAACUAAAUUAUGGAGUCAUGUAAGAGGCAGCAAAAUGUGUAUUCCACCAGAGUGCUGGAGUUUUUUGGCCAUCUAAAAAAAAAGUAUGAGUGUGAUAGAUGUCAGUUUGUCUAUGCUGACUCCAGCACUGAUGUGUUUAAGAUUUAUUUAUGUAUUUUAGUUUUUUUCAUCAGCAUCUGGCCCUUAAAGUAUACCUUUGUCGUUUCUGUCUCAGAGGGAGUACGAGCGCGGCGUUCAGGACUGUGACAGCGCACUGUGUGUGUCAGAAGGCAGUCGCAGGGCUUUGUACCGCAAAGCGAUCUGUCUGAGGGAGCUGGGACGGUUCAGAGAAGCCUACGAGUGUGGAACCAAAUGUCUCCUCACAGCACCUCACGUAUGUAGAGGCAGUGCAAAUGCUUCCCCAACAAUGUCAAAUAUUGUUAAGGAGAGAUGUUUUGCCUCGGGACUUAGAGUUGGAGCUCUCAGGAUAUUGCAGAAGUUGGAAUAGACUUUUGUGUUUCUGUGCUGGUCCAAAUAUUGUGUCGAGGAUGGCAGUCAUACAGUGACAUCAUUGGCUACUUUGUGAAUGAAGUUUAUCAUUGGUAAGUCUGGACAUUUUGCUCUUAUAUUCGAUCUUUUAGGACCGGCAGGUGAGUGACCUCGCUCAGGAUCUGGCCAGUAGACUGGGCCUGAAGGGUCGGAAAGCUUACGUCAGCCUACAGACUGAAUCCACAGCAACAGAAGGGGAGAGUCAUGGAGAGAGCUCCUCACCCACAGGAGAGGUGAGUGCUCUUGUGCAGAGUAGAGCGCCAUACUUGGAGUGAGGUGGGAAAUGGACAGAGGGUAAUCUUGUGAAAUUUUCUGCUCAGAUGUCGUCGAACGGGCUUGAAUCUCUCGGUGACAUUCGUCCAGGUAUGACAUAUUGGCAAACCUCCAACACAUCUGCCUCCACCUAAACCCCAAUCAGUUUUAUAUGUUCAGAACAUUAUUUUAAUCGUUGUGUUUGUCCUCCUCAGCUGACCUGUCCAGCCCCCAGUGCAUCCCUGCGCCUUUGGCCACACCCAUCCCAGUCAGCGAUGAGCCGGCAAGCCCCGUAGUGACCCCCUGCACUGACUUGUCAGAAAGCCCCAGCAGCCAGGCCCUGCCUCCCAUGCCAUACUCAGUCCCUGUGUCCGAACCCAUGGAAGAAUGCAGCAGCCUCAAAGACGAGCUGGACAGUCUCCUCGAGUGCAUCCCCAAGAAAGUCAGUGAAGUGAGUGAAGAACUGAUUAACAAAAGGGGCAUUUGGGUUUUUGAUAGGCGAACCUCUCUGCAGGAAGUGACACUUGCUUUUGUCUUUCUCCUGAUCUAGAGUCCAGUCCAGGGUGCCAUCCCAACCAACCUCCCCAACACAGCGGUGGGUCUCCGGCCUCCGUACUCUCCAAGCCUCCCCGCCCCGUCAUCCCAGCUCCCCUCAGCCUUCUUCAGCUCUUCCAUAAGUGAGAUGCCUCCUCUGGAGCCUUACUUGCCACUGGCCCAGCGUGACCAGGGCUCCACCCAGGCGCAGGACGCACUGGGAGGCUUCUCCUCUGGGGCUGUAGAUGGAGAAGGGAAGGCAGGAAUAGCUGCUGGUGGGCUGGACUCAUUGUCUGAGUACACUCUCCCUGGUGGGUAAAACAUUCAUAUUUAUUAUUGACUUUUUAAAAAUGUUGAAAAAGUUGGCCCAGGUAUUUUGGCUAUUUGUUGACUGAAUACCUGUAGAUUGACCUACCACAAGCACAUUUACCAUGAUGGUUUACAGACAGCAAAAGGCAGCUCAGCACAUAGGACGCUCUGAAGAGAUUCUAUUAAAGCAGUGGUUCUCAAGUACAGUCCUUGAGGCCGACACACCUGAUUCAAAUGAUCAGCUCGUUAUCAAGCUCUGUAAUGGCUUAAUAACGAGCUGAUCAUUUGAAUCAGGUGUGUUGGAGCAGGGAGACAUCCAAAACAUGCAGGACAGUGGACCUCCAGGACUGGACUUGACAACCACUGUAUUAAAGGAAUUAUAAAUUGCAGCUAUAGUUUAAACCAACCCACUGACAUAAGUACAUACAAGAGCAGGGUUAGGUUUGUGCCCUGGCCUUGUUCAUUACCCCUUAAAGACUAACUGCUACCUUGGUUAGAGCCCUGAUAGAGAUUCAAAUGAAUAAGUAAUGGAUAUAGAGGAAGUCUGCUUUAACUGGCGCUGUCAGUAGCAGACAGUGUGAGUCAGCACCAUUACAAUAUGGUGUCUGACAUCAGUGUCCUUGUGUCUUGGUCUGCAGGGGGACGAGUGUGCCACAGCUUCAUCCCUGGAAUGCGCAACCACAGUGCUGCACAUGCAGUGAGUAAUAUUCACACACACAGUGACAUUUUUUGACUCUGUUGCUGGAAGAACUGCUUCUAAAAAUGCCUUUUCUAAAUUAAUAUUUUGUGUCUAUUUCUGACUGCUGGGUGGUUUUUACUUUUGGAGUCACAUUUCUGUGUCUGCUCUCUCGUCUUCAGAAUGGUCCCGCAGGAACCAACCUGUCGCUGCUCUCCAGGAACCCUCUGGCAGCCACACAUGAGUUUCGUCAGGCUUGUCAUGCUUGUUAUAGCAGAAUAGGUUGGUUCAAGUUAUUUAACUUUAACCUUGUUUUUGUCAACUACCACAGUGUUUAUUUUUUAUCAAACAGACAAAGUAUCUUUGAACUGAAUGUUGAGUAACUGAAGGCACCUGAUAGUCUCAUUUCACUCUCCAAUGGGGCGUGAAAUACCACUGACAGGAUGUCUCUUAUCUUAAGUUAUUGAUAAGAUAUUUUCCGUUGCUGAUUGUGCAGAGUCAUCUCUUUCUUCAUCCUGCUCUCAGGUCCUCGUGUCAUGGACUACAAGUAUCAGCCAGAGGCAGCACACCGCUGCAAGAGAGACGUGCUGCUGUGCCGCAUCAAAAACACAGAUGACCCCACAUGGAAGAGGAUCAGGCCAAGACCGGCGCGGAACAACUUCCUGGGGGCGUUUGUACUUUGUAAAGGUAAAAAAACAUUAUGAAGUAAAUGCUUGAGUAAAUAAAAGGGUUUAAGUUCUCCAUCACUUCGAGGGAUUCCCAUCAAUUUCAUGAUUAUUAUGAUUAUGAGGAGCCUGUCUGAUAGAGAAAUCUAAAAUAAACUGUAACUCUCCAUGCCCCCCAUCUGAUCUGGGAGACUUCAUGUGAGGAUAUUUGUGUAAACGAUUCAGUCCGGUGAAUAUCUGGAUCAGAGCGCCUGAAAUUUCUUUAGUGCAUAGCUGAGAGAGAGAAACCAUAUAUAAUUACACAGGCAAAGAGCUCUUCUAGUUUUCAGUCUAAAGCUUUUUCUUGGAUUUAAUCCCUGGGUAUUUGUAUGAUAAACAGAGGACAGUGAAAUGUAGAUGAAAUAUGGGAAAAUAUGUGUUUACAUUCUCAUGAACGUUGUCUCUAUAUGUUCUGCAGAGGUGCAGGAGCGUCAAGAAUGCCAGUACGGCGAGAAUUGUACAUUUGCUUACUGCCAGGAGGAGAUUGACGUGUGGACUCAGGAGAGGAAGGGAGCGCUGAGCAGAGAGCUGCUGUUUGAUCCGCUGGGCAGCACAGAGAGACGUGCGCUCAGCGUCACCAGACUGCUGCAGCUUCACAUGGGCAUGUUCAUGUUCCUCUGUGAGGUCAGACCAUAACCUGCGCUUCUCUCUGUUUCUUUUCAGUCUUGAUAAACGUUCGUCCUUUAAACAGGUAUCAAGUCUGACCUGUCUUCAUCUCUUUACUCUUUCAACAGGAAUGUUUUGACAGUAAGCCCCGCAUCAUCAGCAAACGCAGCAAAGAAAACUUAGCAGUCUGCUCAAACCUCACAGCUCGACACCCAUUCGACGACAACAAGUGAGUUCGAUAGUUUUUAAUUCAUGAGCAGAUUCUUCAGAAACAGUAAGAAAUUACUGUUUAGGUACAAAAUAGGUUUUAAAUGGUCUUUCUUAAAGGGAUAUUCCAGUGUAAAAUUAAUUUAAGGUCAUAACGGCCACAGGAUAGCAAUACACAGCGGUCUGAGGAGCCAUAAACAAACCUCAACCAAAAAGCCACUCUAUAGCCACAAGUAAUGCUCAGAACAGCACAUGACUUCAUCAACAGUACAUAUAGGGUCCUAGCCACCAAACAUCUUUUUUAGCUUUGCCUGAUUUCUUUAGCAAGAGACUAAACACAACUCACCUACUCUUCCAGCAGCCUCUUGUUUGUGGGAGAGCUCGGCGAGUCCAUCGACUACAGUGGGGUGACGCAGCUCAAGGAAGAACAUUUAUGAUCAUUUCUUUAUCAUUUCCUUAAAAUAAUAAUCACCAUAUUAAUUAUUUUGCACUACUAAUGUGGUAGUUCUUCUGCCUUUGCGUCCCAGUCUGAUUGCAGUUCAAUGAAGAAAUGAUCAUAAAUGUUCUUCCUUAAGCUGCAUCACCCCUCAGCAGUCCGUAAUGGACUUGUCAGAGCUCUCCCAACAAAGAAACGGCUGCUGGAAGACAGUAGGUGAGUUGUGUUUAGUCUCUUUGUUAAAGAAAUUAGGCAAAGGUAAAAAGGUGUUGGUGUCUAGUACUAUGGUUGGAACCCUAUAUGUACUGUUGAUGAAGUUAGGUGCUGUUCUGAGCUUUAUUUGUGGCUAUAGAGUGGCGUUUUGGUUGAGGUUUGUUUAUGGUUCCUCAGACCGCUGUGUAUUGCUAUCUUGCGGUUGUUACUAAAGUUGGUAUAACUAGAGAAGCAAGCAAUCGGCAACAUUCAUUUCUUGAGGGGGUGUCUAACUUGGUGUUUCUGUGUGUUUGACCAUAACUUAAUUUUACGCCGGAAUAUCCCUUUAGAUCGUGGUUCAAAUAUAUCAAAACCACAGAGGGGGAUGAAACUCUGCGAUAACACUCCUGUCUUUGUUUCAGGUGCCUGGUGCACGUGGUGAGGUCAGCCAAUGUGCGCUACAGUAAAGUGCGCCCCCUGCACCCUCUCUGUCAGUUCGACGUGUGCCGCCAUGAGGUGCGUUAUGGCUGCCAGCGUGAGGACAGCUGCUCCUUUGCUCACUCUGUAAUUGAGCUGAAAUGCUGGGUCCUGCAGCAGGAUACUGGUGGGUGAAACACACACUCUUCAACUGAAAUAAAAUCAAGUCAACCUUAACCUCAAACAGACUCAAAUAUGAAUGACUUUAUAUUUAUUCUUCAGGUAUCACCCAUGAAGAGAUGGUGCAGGAGUCCAAGAGACACUGGCAGAGGUUGGAGCAGAACGCACAGAAGCAGCAGAAGGUGAGUUUGAGGAGGGUGCUGAGACCCUGUGUGACUGAGGGCUGCGUCAUAUCAACAGAACCAAGAUUUAGAAGAUGAUUCAGUGAAAAGAAGUUCUGGAAAAAUCUAAGGCCUUCCUCUCUCUGUGUUUCAGCCCAUCCACAUACCCCAUCCGAGUAGCAGCUUACCUGCCGGAGGAAUUGGGGGAAUGGGGGGCGGCGGUGGAGGAGUUGGGGGGGACAGCCUCAGUGGAGGUGGCGUGAGCCCAAUGGGUGGGAUGGGGGUGGGAGGGUUAGGAGCAGUAGCAGGAAGAGGGCGACCCCUCAACCUGAAAAUGAAGUUCGUGUGCGGCCAGUGCUGGAGAGAAGGACAGGUCAACGAACCCGACAAGAACCUCAAGUACUGCACAGCCAAAGCACGGCACAGGUGAGGCUUCUGUCACACACACACACACACACACACGAUUCAAAGAGGCUGUAGAGGCUGUGCUCCAUCUUGUUUGUCAUUUUAGCUUCAUAAUUGCGCCUUAUACUGAUAUCAGUUUCAAAGGUUCCCUCGAUACUGCCCACUAUGCAGGAUCUGAUAUCUGCAAGUACCCAAGUUUCUGCGCCCUUCCUUGCUAUAAUUUCAUAGCUGGGAUGAAAAUCCAUUAUUACUGUAAAUCAGUUGUAUGUGUUGCUGUGGACUGUGGCCCACAGUUGCUUUAGAGCAGGAAAUAAUGCCAUAGGGUCAGUAAUUUUAUGACUAUUGGAAGUGUGAUGCUUGAAAUUAUAGCUUUAGUCAAAGUUGCACUGCAGAGUUUCUGAUCCCUUAGUGAAGACAGGAGGUCUUAAAGGGUGCCAACCUCUGCUCAUGUUGUUUUAAGGUGCUCUUACUGCGAGUUGUUUGUAUUGUAGGGAUUUGAGUAAUCCUCAUAUCAAUUAGGGGUGUCCCGAUACAUCCUUUUUACCUCCAAUACGAUAACGAAAUUGUAGCCUUUAAUAUUGGCCGAUACCGAUUUUAGCACAAACUUAUGCGUGACAAGUUUUGCACUCAGCUGCAACGUCUUUUUCGGACUGCCACAUGGCCGACAUCAUUCCUACUCCUUGGUACUUUGUCAGUACCUUGGUACACACUGUUGUUGUGAUCACGUGGGCUCUGCAUGCUGGAUCCGGGUGCUGCUAGAUAGAGGUGCUGGAGUGGAGUCUGGAAUGGACUGCUUGUAUCGAAGAUUUUAGAUGCAGGCUGAUAUAAUCUGAUAUUAGAAUUUUUGGUGAUUAGAGACUGAUAUCAAUAUCGUAUCAGGACACCCCUAAUAUCAAUACCAAUAUAGCUUAUUGACAUCAAAAGUUAUCAGCACUAUUAACAGUAGUUUUCUUAAUAAAGACAGCAUUGGAAGAUGUUGCAAGGUUCAAGAUUUCUUUAUCAAACUGCUGCUUCUUGUGUGCAGCUACAAUCCAGCAAGAUUCAAUCUAUUUUUCACUGUGUGAUUUUACAACUGAGUGCUUCAAUGAAAAAUAUUAGUUUUGAUAGAUUUUUGUUUACAGCUUUUCAACCGGAAAUCAAUGCCGCUCCCCAGAGUGUUGAACACAACCUACAAACCCCACAGAAAAGUCAAUUACUGCCACAAAGAAACAGCAGGUCUCUCCCCGUCUGAACUCACAUCUCUGUGUGUUUUAAAGUUUGGAUUCGUGAAGGUUUUAACAGAAGCAAAUUUGUCAGCCGAGGUUUUAUUCACUCCAAAUGACUCAGUAAUACAAGUUUAAAAAAACUGACCGUCGAAGCUCCACGUUGACAGUCAAAGCUUCUUCAACACUUGAUAUAAAAGUUAAAAAAAUCAAAUAAAAAGGAAUCAUUCAUUGGUUUACUCAUUUCUGUUCUUUCUCUGAGUGAAUGACAUUUAAUCUUGAUGGUUUAAGACUUUCUCUUUGUGUUUUGGUUCAUGUAGAGAAAAGGCUUAACUUGAACACUUGAACAAAGUUUGUAACAAGUAGCUAAUAUUGAUUUUAGUUUAACUCUGGUUGACAAAAGGAAUUCAGAGUUGAGCCCUGAGUAAAUAGUGUUCUUGGGUACUGGGCAUGUAAUCAUCUGCAGAACUGAUCUUGAUAGAUUUGUCAAUGAAACUCAUUCAGUUUUGAGUCUCUGUUCAACAGUCAUGUUGGUUUUCUGUCUCCUCAGCUGGACAAAAGAGCGCCGGGUCCUUCUGGUGAAAUCUUUCGAGAAGAAGAAAUGGGUAGUUGUUCGGCCUCUGCCCUUCUCUCGCACAUAUCCACAGCAAUAUGACGUGAGUCCUUUCCCUCACGCUCUAUUCUUGACAUGCUCUCUUCCUCACCCCUUGGCCUCUCACAUGCUGUGUACAGCUGACUCAGUGUUUGCCCUGGGGGACAGGUGUUGUUGUAAAUUUCCUUCCCUCGUGUCUCAUUAGUGUGUAUCUGCAAGUUUGCCUUUGCCGGUGUGUUCAUGUUCACAUCUUCAUUAUUAAGUACCUAGGUACAGGACACUGGUGAUUGUUUGAUUGUCACAUCAAGCAAUUAGAGAAAGUUCAGGCAAAACCAUUGAAACCAGUAUCUUUUUCUCUUACUUUUAGUUGGACUUGAAACAUUUAUCUAUUUUCUUUACUUGUUUAUUUUACAGGGAUGAAAGCACGAGAUUUUGCUUCAUAAUGUAUACAUGCAACUCCUGAUAUACAACCCCUGUCACUGGUUAGACAAAAAAAGCAUUUCUUUAUGCGUGUGUUGAAAGCCUUCAGUUCUGUUAGUGCCUUAAUCUCAGAUGGUUAAUAUGCAUUUCAAAGGUUUAGACCUCUCACUGAUGAGGAGGUUGUUCUGCUUCCACUUACUGCAUCUCUAAAAUUGUCUUUUAAAUGCUGCUGUUAUCCUCUUGUGACCCGCUGCUUUUGCCUCAUCUAGAUGUGUGUACAUGUAAUGAAGCAGAAGAAGUGCCACUAUAUCGGGAACUGCUCAUUUGCCCACAGUCUGGAGGAGCGAGACGUCUGGACGUACAUGAAGAACAACAGCUGUAAGACCCGCGAGGAACCCUUAUAUUUUUAACACUAAAUUUGAAGUUAAAAACAAAAGAGCUGUACUGUCAGAUCCAGAUUUAAUCAGAAGAGCAAUUUAAUUCAUCUUUUUUAAUUUGAGUGUGAUAGUUUGAAGUUUUUCUAUUAUUUUCAAUUUUAAAAAAAGCACAGGAAUGAGCACAGCUGGCCUUUCCUCAUCAUCUCUUUUGAUCCGUGUCACCGCUUCCUUCCAGCUACAACCAUGAAAAAUAACAAGACCACUUGGACAGGUUUUUUAACUGGUCUUUUGUUUCUGUCUCUUGUUGUACCUCAUUUCCCUUUAGUGAGAGAUAUGCAACAGAUGUAUGAACUGUGGCUUCAGCUCACCAAUCAGAGUAGACGCACAGACAGUUCAGCCGUGACUCCGCCUCCGGAGGACAAGCAGGUUACCAUUACAGCAGAUUACACAGAGGGCAUGGUGAGUGGCUUUAAAAUGAAUGAUGACUUCUCCCAGUCGACAACAUCUGCGGUUGAACAACAUGACUAAUCUGUUGGUAAAAGUGUGAACGAUGACAGGCCUCAUGUGUGUGUUUUCAGGGAGGCCGGGGGUUAUCAGACGGUGACGAUCUCUGAGCGCGACCAGAGGCGGACCGCCUCUGAGCUGCAGGCUAAGACCAGCCUGCUUUACCAGCUACUAUCCAACAGUCUGACACCUUACCAGUCUGACCUCUUUGAGCAUCUAGCCAGCAGCGUGGGAGCAGAUUGUCAAAUAACCGCCCUCAUACAUGUAUACACACACACACACACACACACAGACGCACACAAAAGCAAACACAGUGUCGCAUUAUACAACAACCACAGGCACCAGUCAACACAAAGAGAAAGCUGCAGUUACACACAGCCUCUUAAGGUCCCCGUACAGCAGAUUUUACCACAGAAAUUCCACAGACAACUAGUUAUACCUUAAUUACAAUCAGCUAGUAUUCCCUAGUGCUCUUAGACGGAGUAGUUUUUUUUUUGUGUUCUUAACUCCUGCAGCACUGAAACGAUUCUUUGGUGGGUGCGCUGGUCGCAGCUCAUAAAAUUUUGCUUGGUGAAAGUUCAAAAUUUAUUUGAAGCUUGGCACUUGUACGUAUAAAGUUUAAAUUUUACUUUGUAGUGCCAAAACUGCCGAGCUCUCAGUGCUGUUGAUGGCUAAACAAGACUGAUGAAACUUUGAAGCAAUGUAAAAGGAAAAAAAAGAAGUUCUGUGUGGAAACUUGUCUAUGAGCAACCAAAUUCUACUCUCCUUCCUUUACUGGAACAUCGCGAGAGAGUCGGAAUAACUUCUAGGGAUUCAAUAUUUUGAGCUUUUUUUUGAAGGGGAGUUGUACUUCCCUGUUAUUGUCUGCCAUAUUGGUAGAGUGCUAUGAAUGUAAUGCCUGCAUGGGCCUUUAAAACUAGGAAAUUAGUCAUUUAAAACGUUGCUGUGGUUGUGGAAUGUUUUCAUAGAGAAGAUUAUUCAUAUGCUCAAAAACAAGGUGGUGUAACUGAACUGUUCCCUUUACUGUCAUAACACGACCCUGGUUGAAAUACUAACUACAGUUGUUGCAUGGGACAAACACACACAUAUCUUCAGAUCACCCUUGUAGUUGCUUUCAGCCCAGUUCCAGGUGAAUCUAACAUGCCUGACUGUCAGUCUCUUUGUAGGCUGACACAAAGGGAAAGGUCAGUGAAUCUCAAUGAAUCACCUGUUGCUAAGUUGCAUGUGGCUAAUUGCUCAAACCGAUUUUUGCCAAAGCAACCAAGGUGCUAUCGUUGCCAUCAUCACACUGUACUGCACAGAGACCUGGAAACGAGAAACAAAGAAGUGACUGUAGCACAGGUACAGUCCUGGCUAGAGCUGCUCUCAGCAAUAGAUCAGUUCAGACCACAGAUGCCCAUUACUAAAUGAUGACCUCACUUUGACUGAAGCACAGUGAUAAUACUGACCACGCAGAAGAGUUCAGUUCUUUAAGACAUUAAGUUCUUUAAGUAAUUCUCUAAAAAAAAAAGACGAGGUCUGACUGAACAAUAAUUAGAAGUGAACAACAGAAUGUAUAUGUUUCUAUAGUUUAUGGUAAUGAUAUUAAAGAUAGUUUAAAAGUAAGGGCAAGUUUACACUUCUCUGGUUGGACUGGGGUCGUUAUUUCAUCGGAAACCAGUCAUACCCCCACAGCCUUCUAAUGGAAACCUGUGUUCCUCAAAUGCAUCCGAGUGUUUUGCUCCUGUCGGCUAAUGGUAGCCCCUAACGUUACUCUGCAUUAUGGGAAACCUGCUAGCUUAAGACAGGACAGUGAUUCAUACCCCAUAUUGUGCCUAUAAAAACAACACAUCAGCUCACACAAAAACACACACACGUGCAAACACACACAGGCAUACACCGGCAGGAAACCUGUCGAUAUCCUACUCAAGCCUUUACUGUGGAUGGAGACACAUUGGAGGUAUGUCUAUAAUCAGAUACAUAUACACACAUAUUAUACAUAUUUACAAAUAAUUGUAUACUACUAAUGAUAAUUGAUAACUUAGCGGUUAAGCUUAAUAAAUAUAUAACCUGAAAAGCUGUAAUGAUUACAUAGAAGAACUCCCUGUUAUUGAGGUAUUGCUAUAUGACAUGUAUCGCUGAACUAGAUGACUAUAGUGAUUUUUUUUUUAUGAUCAUUCUCUUUAUUUUGUAAUUUUCCUUCUGUGCGGGUUGUUCCAGACAGGGUGUGUAUGGAGAGGUGGAUUUUAUUUUCAGACUUAAGGCUAGAAAUUAAUUGGCAAGGGUUAAAUUAAGUGAUCCACCCAACAUGAAAGGCAUUUUUAUUUGUUGUUGGCCAGCAGAUGAACCAGAUAUACAGAAAAUAGUGAUGUGACUGUUUGUUCUCCACUGUUGGGCUAAACUGUAAGGAGCUGCACUUUCUGUUUCUUUUAUAUUUUCAGUAGUGAACUUGGCUCAGUCAGGAUAAGGCUGACAUUUUACGAAUAAAAGAAGUGCUUAAGGAUAUUCUGCUAACAUUUGAGCAAAAUCUUUAAAAUAAAGUAAAGAAGAGACACUUUAUUUGUGCAAACCUCCUCGAAUUAAAGCAUGGUCUCAAAGUGUUUGUGACAUUUUUACUUUGUAUCUGCAGCCCUGCACUAGAUUCAGUUGGGUUAAUACUAAACCAGUUGUGUGACAAUGGCUGAAACAUCUUCAUCGUCCAACUUUUGAAAACUGGCACAAUCCCUUAUAACAGUUUAGGUGAACAAACCUAAUCUGGGCCAAGUCUAUCUUGCAGAUUCUUUUGAGGGAUUGUUGAUUAUGAACCCUUGUCUGGAACAGCCCAGGUAUUAGCUUCUCUGAGGGAUCGUAUUACUACUACUCCUAGUAUUAUGAUGAAUAUGAUGACGAUAAUGAUUGCUAUCUAUUGACUAUUUCUAUUUCUUCUCUAUAUGCUAUUGAUAUAUGUAUGUUAAUUGCAAUGUAUAACUCUCUUUAUAUAUGUAUCCAUGUAUGAAUAUAAUAAUUGACAGUAAUAUGCGUCUGUGUAUGCAGCAGUGCACAGCUCUGUCUGGGAGGCAGCGUGCAGAUAACAUCCAGCUUCAGACAUGAGAGGCUCUUUGAGUUACCGGCUUCACACAAACUGUAGGCUGGUGAUCAUAAGACAUGGUUUGCCUGGUCACAGCAGAUCACUCUGCUCGCUGCCUGUGCUGCACGUUUACGUUUUAAUGGGCUUCAAGACAGACCUGGAAACAAAAGCAUACAUAGUAGCCUAUAUACUCCCGUAUAGCGCCUUAUUCGAUAUACUACACCUAUAAGAUGAUACAUACCCCUAUUGUAUAAUCCCGCUUACUAUAUAUACACUAUAUUAUACCUGAUACCUAUAAUAAUAACUAGACACCCUUUAUAAGGUAAAUUAGUGAAGAGAUGGUGGAGCUGUUUUUUUCUGUGGCUGUGGCAGUAUUCACUGUGGUCUGUAGAGUGUUGACAUCUUGUUGUUCAGGCUGUUGUGAGGAGAGUACGCCUCACUCAAAUGCGCGUCAUCAUUCAGGUCUUGUCAGGUUCGGCAACUCUGAAAGAAUUUGGGAUGAAAAAUGAACACAGCAAUUUAGUUAAUCUGAUUUUGGUUUAUAAUGAUUUUGCUAGUAAACACUGCAAAGCAAGAUCCUGCUGUUAUGAUAGAAAUUGAUAAGAAAGACAACAUGACAAAAAGAAUUUCAUUUAGUUUUUUUCUGUUAAAGUUGUGUAGAAGUUUAAGAGUAAGAAAGAGCAUUUGAGUCGAGGCCAGCCUUCAUGAUGUAACUGACGUGCUCAGAAAAAGAAAGAAAACUGUGGAUACCUAUGCUACAUGUUCAGUGUGUGUUGUAAAUGUAGGAGAAUCGUGACAAACUUCAGGGGAGGUUGUGCACAUGACAAAUAUACUUCGUUUGGAAAAUGUCUAUUUGCAUUUUGAUUAAAGUUUUCCUUUUCCCAUGUUUAAUGGAAGCAGCUUCAGUCUGAGCCUUGACUUCAGUUCUGACUAUGACAUCCUGCUGAGGUUUAACAAAACCAAAGUUCUUCACUGUGGGAUCAUUUUCUGAUCCAGAAAAGCUUCAUGUGACACUCCCUCCCUCUAAAAACCAGUUGUGUCGAAUGAUUCCCUCUGACAACACACACCAACACAGCCACAAAGAAAUGUUCGUUUAUCAGUUUUGUAUCAGUUGAAAUGUAUUGGUUAUUUGAAUUGUUCAACAACUCAGAUAGAAAACCAGGGUUGCUUGAAGUGGAAAAAACAAGGUCUGUUUUUGUACUGUAUUUUUCCUUUAUUUGUUCUUGUUUGUUUUUGUUUCAUCUUCUUGACUUUGUUUUCUCUUUUCUCCUCCCUGGUUGGAAGUUCAAGAUCUCAUAAAUGGACCAAAUCUCUUGAAAGCAUUUAAUAAACAGACUGUUUUAGAAAAGUG